AUGGAGUACCCUUUUUCUGAAACAGCGGGAGAAUCUACUGCAGCAAACUCAACCGAUCUCUUGUCUCCGGCGGUUCAGAAUGCAUCCUUUGUCGUCUUUGACCCUCGUGGGCGCGAGAUUCUGGGUGAUGCCCCGUCCUUGGAGCACAUCUUCUCGACGACUCCGAAUGUGAUUCAGGAGGCGCCGGUUUAUGUUCCCGAGCUGAAUGCCAUCAUCUUUUCGACUUUCUCGCCCGACGUCUACCCGCAGUCGAUCAUCUACCUUAACGAGACCAAACCCAGACUGGAGACCUUCUACGCCGAUCCACCGGUUUGGGGUGUGAACGGGGGUCGUUAUCGGAAUGGCAAGGUUUACUGGGCCGUGGCUGGUUCAGGCGAGGCCCGCGGACCGAACAACAAAACCGUCGGUCAGGCACCAGGGAUCUACGAGCUGGACCCUAUCACCAGAAAAAGUUCUGUCUUGGUGAACAACUAUUUCGGUGUUCAGUUCAACAGCCCAGACGAUCUCGUCAUCGACAAUGACGGUGACAUCUAUUUCACGGACCCAUGGUACGGAUGGGCCAUGGGAUACUCUCCCACACCCGCCCUGCACCCGUCGACCUGGCGCUUUCGCCCUUCCACCGGAGCCGUGUCAGUGGUGGACAACACCAUCAAUCAGCCGAACGGCAUCGGCAUGUCGCCUGACGGAAGCAUGCUGUACGUCACCGACGGUGGUAACGACAUCGUCAACGAUACCAUCUCCGGAAUCGUCUACAGCUCCACCAACACACACUGCUUGUGGGCCUUCAACACCAACCCCAGCCCGGCGGGCAAGUGGCUCACCCAUAGGCGGCCGAUGUGGUGCACGGAGUCGGUUGGACAUGAUGGCUUCCACGUCGCUGGCAACGGCUAUUUGGUCGGAGCUUCAGGCACUGGUGUCGACAUCAUCAGUGAGUGGGGAGAGCUUCUUGUCCGUAUCCAGACAGACUUCAUGGUCAACAAUGUUCAGUUUGCCGGGCCUGAACUGGAUGAGUUGUGGCUCUUUGGAAUGGGCAGUAUAUCCAGGGUUCGUUGGAAUUUGACUGGUAUGCCCGAUGCUAGGAGCUAG